GACGCGCGCGGGUUGGUGGGAAGUGCGCCGAGUCAGUGUAUACGUCGGUUACCUUAACAACGGGCAGAGGAGUCUGUCGGCGAUGGCCUCUAACUUUAAGAAGGCAAACAUGGCAUCAACUUCCCAGCGCAAAAGGAUGAGUCCUAAGCCGGAGCUCACUGAGGCUCAGACACAGGAAAUCCGGGAAGCUUUCGAUCUCUUCGAUGCCGAUGGAACUGGAACUAUAGAUGUUAAGGAACUUAAGGUGGCAAUGAGAGCACUGGGCUUUGAACCCAAGAAAGAAGAGAUCAAGAAAAUGAUAAGUGAAAUUGAUAAGGAGGGGACAGGAAAAAUGAACUUUAGUGAAUUUUUGACCGUGAUGACUCAGAAAAUGUCUGAGAAAGAUACCAAAGAAGAAAUCCUGAAAGCUUUCAAGCUCUUCGAUGACGACGAAACUGGAACGAUUUCAUUCAAAAAUCUAAAACGCGUAGCCAAGGAGCUGGGCGAGAACCUCAGUGAUGAGGAGUUGCAGGAAAUGAUCGAUGAAGCUGAUCGAGAUGGAGACGGAGAAGUCAACGAGCAAGAGUUCCUGCGCAUCAUGAAAAAGACUAGCCUUUAUUAAGAUCCUUCUCCCCUUUCCUGCCGCAGGCACAUGUCACCAGAGUUAGUGCCUGCCAUCGUGUGAAACUUGGUUUUUGAGAACACAAACUGUCCCCCCCCUCACUUACCUCCCCGUAUAACUUUAGUAAUAACCUCAAAUCUAUGUUAGGUUUUUGAAAGCGAUUUUUGAUAGUAAAGCUCUUUGCAAGGUGACCCGCUGGUGACUUUAAUUUCCCAAAGCAGAGAGCACAUUCUGCCUUGUAUCUCUUUACUCUUGUCGUGCACUCCCACGUUUAUGCCACCACAGAAGGACUUCUUAGACAAGCACAUGUCGUACCUGGGUCACCACAAGCAGCAGGCAUCUCUUUGAUGCUUCCGGUUUUAAUUGACACCUGAGUGCAGCUUCCUCUUUUAAAAAAAAUCCAGUGAACUCUCUCACUUGCACUUGGAUAUGUGUUUGUGCUCUUUCUUUGUCUUAAAAAUAAAGCCUUUCUUAUUUUGAA